AUGGACCCAGAAGUUUUCAAGGAGCCAACGGCAACCACGUCGAAGCCUCAGACCCUGACAGAUAGUCAUGGUGCAGUCCGCAUCAAGAGAACAGGGACCAUGGGCCCAUCUCCCAAGGGACGAGAACUCUUGGCAAAAUGCUUACAGGGUCCUUGUGCUGAGAGUUACCUCAGUUUAUCACAGCAUUUUGUGGGUCAACAAGCUCCACCUAAUUGUGGUCCAGCCACACUGGCUAUGGUACUUAACAGCUUGGAGAUAGAUCCAGGACGGCGUUGUCAGAAGCAUACUUAUGCUAGUGGUAAUACUGGGGUCAACUUCCAACAGUUUGCUAUGCUAGCUGAAUGCAAUGGUGCAAAAGCUAGUACCUAUUAUGGUAGUAUAGCGACUACUGAGCAGUUCCGUGAAGUUGUUAAGAAUACUCUAGAGAAGGGCUCUGCUGAUCGACGGCUGGUAGUUAGUUAUGAUAGACAGGUAAUGCAUCAGACUGGAUGUGGACACUAUUCCCCAGUGGCUGCUUAUGAUGAAGAGAGUGAUCUAUGCUUAGUAAUGGAUGUAGCACGAUUCAAGUAUCCUCCUCAUUGGGUACCAUUACCCUUAUUACAUAAGGCAACGACUACCAUUGAUUCCACUACUGGCAUGUCACGUGGUUUCAUAGUGGUUGCUAAGGGUGAUGGUGCUAAGCAUGAUCAUACAGACCCAGACACUACUGCUGAGAGCUGUACAUAUACUUCAAGACCAAUACCUCUGGACUUGGCACAAUUCUUUAUCCCUCAUAAGGAGCAUACAGGUGUAGCACGGAAGUUUGGUCAUGCUGUACGAGGUCUGAUGUCGUCGGAUGCCCGUAACACAGUAGCAGCGUUGGAAUCUGUACGAACGGAUACUCUGUAUGCUCAAUUAGGGACUAUAAAUGGUCCGGCCUUGGAGGGUAGUGCUGCUCGUAUCCUGUUCAAUAUCCUACCACAAUGGGGACUAGAGCUGCUUACAUUGAUGGUCGAGACAGAGUAUAUACCACAGAAGGUGUAUGGCUGUACAGCUCUUGUGGCUAGUGUUAGUGAAUAUGACCAUUGUGAGCAGGGUAUGGCCUGCGCUAUGGCUACAGCUGCUGCAUGA